GCUCUCGUGAAGUGCUCUCCCGGCCAAUCUCUGGCACGAGGCAGGCAGAAAUUAGUAAGGGAAGUCCAGGCCCCCUCUGUCGAGGAGCGGAACCGGACGGGGCAGCCCGCGGCCCGACCAAGGACACGAACAGACAUAACAUGCGCCGCCGCGGCCGCUGCGUCUGCGGCAACCCCGACUGCGACUGGCAGCCCGUCCCCGGCGGCCCCGGCCACCCACCUAGAGAGCGUGACCGGCAACAAGACGACAGCCAGGCUUGGGAUGAAGAGGUGCGGCGCUUCUGGACGCCGGGCGCGCGCAUCUCCGACCCCUUCGCUUCACAAAGUCAAUCCCAGUCGCGCCGCUCGUCUUUAUCAGGACCGGUCGGUUCCUUCUCGAGGACCUUAACCCUGGCGUCGAAGAGCAACGGCCAAACCACAGAACUCUGUUUCGACGAAUACAACGAAGAGGCUGUCGUCGUCAAGAGCUACUCGAGGGAUCGGUGCUACCCGGCGGCUGUGGUUGCGGAGCGGGACGCUCUUAGACAAGUAAACCACCCCUUGAUCGCUUCUUUGGUACGAACCGCGAAGGACGAUGCUAGGAUUUAUAUCGUCACGUCUGCCGCAUUAGGAGGCCCUCUAUACAAGCAUAUAAGGGCCGCGAAUGGCUUCCAGCCGGAGCGCGCGUUGUAUUACGCGGCGCAGACGGCCGACGCCUUGGCGCAUUGCCACGAGUGGGGCGUGCUCCACAGGGACGUCAAGGCCUCGAACGUGGUCUUGGACGGCGAUGGACGAGCUGUGUUGGUCGACUUUGGCGCGACGGGGGUCUUCGAUCGCGACCGCCCGCCAGGCGUCGACGGCGAACCGAAGCGCGAGACGUACUGCGGCACGCCUCACGCCAUGGCGCCCGAAAUGGUCACGCGUUCAGGCCACGGGUGUGGGGUGGACUGGUGGUCUCUUGGGGUAUUGUUGGUGGAGAUGUUGAAAGUUGAUUGGCCUUUCUCGGACGACGACCCUAAUGAGUUGUUGAGGAAGAUCCGUGGAGAUGACGAGCCGAAUUUGGACGGUAUUAGUGACGAGGGCGCGUUGGCCGUGAUCGACGCUUUGCUGACGAAGAGAAAACCGAAGAAGCGGCGGAUCCUGGCGGAAAGAGCGUAUGUGGGAGGCACGGCGGUGUUCAGCCAGGACGUCUGGAAGAUUUCGCUCGUCAGUCCGCCGCCGCGCUUCGCUCCUGAAUUAGGACACCUGGGCUGGCUCGACGGCGCGUCCGACGUCGAUCCGUCGUCGCCCGUGCGCGGCGGCGACGACGACGACGACCCGUGGGCGGGCUUCUGACGAUCCCCCCCCCGCAUAAGUUCAAGACAUGA